UGUUCCCCCUUUACCGCUUUACGGCUAUCGCUGCCUUUAACCCAAAACCCCUUCGGCUCCUCCGUUGUCGUCUUCUCCACCGAUGAAGCCAGUGACCGAAGCGAGCAGCUUUCCCCCCGCACUGUUCCCCCUAAGCGUUCUCUGAAGCAGUGCGUAUGGAAGAGGCGAUGGAGGCGCGGGGGCGGCUGGUGGGCGAUUACAUCCUCGGGCCGAAGAUCGGGGCCGGGUCCUUUGCGUCGGUGUGGCGUGCGCGGCACCGGAAGUACGGGCACGAGGUGGCGGUCAAGGAGAUCGACAAGCAGAGGGUCGACAGCAAGGUCCGCGACUGCCUCCUCAAGGAGGUCAGCAUACUCCGCAACAUCUCCCACCCCAACAUCGUCCGCUUCUUCCAGGCCAUCCAGACGGAGGACAAGAUAUUUCUCGUGUUGGAGUACUGCGCUGGUGGAGACGUUGCAGAUUAUUUAAAUCGGCAGGGAAUUCGUGGGAGGGUGUCGGAGGAUGUUGCCAGACACUUCUUAAGGCAACUCGCUGAAGGAUUGAAAGUACUGCGCGAGAAUAAUCUCAUUCACAGGGACCUCAAACCACAGAACCUUCUGUUAUCAACUAGUGAUGAAACUGCAGUUUUGAAGAUUGGCGAUUUUGGUUUUGCAAGAUAUUUAAUGCCUCAAGGGUUAGCUGACACAUUUUGUGGUUCUCCUUUAUACAUGGCUCCUGAGAUAAUUCAGGACAGAAAAUACGAUGCCAAGGCUGACUUGUGGAGUGUUGGAACAAUUCUGUUCCAGCUGGUCACUGGGAAGCUACCUUUUGAUGGUGAUACUCAUCGCCAGCUAUUUAUGAAUAUAAUGGCGUCUCAUGAACUGCAUUUUCCAGAAGAUGUGAGUUUACAUCCUGAUUGUACACACAUUUGCAAGAGACUUCUCCGUCGGAAUCCUGUUGAGAGGCUGUCAUUUGAAGAAUUCUUCAAUCACAAUUUCCUCAACACACCAAGGACAAUUGAGACACCCAGUGAAUCUGCAAACGUUCUAGAUGUUGGUGUAGAUGACGCUGGGCCAUCACAUUUAUCAGAUAUUUCUAACUCGAAGAUUGCAAGCACGGAUAAGAGUUUUACAUGCUUAAAUAGUACAAGAGUUGCUGACUCAUUGGAAUUCAUCGAACAAGACUAUGUUCUUGUUAAUGCUAAUUUUGCAUUAAUGGAGACUUGUACAUCUUCUUUGGAGCCAUCCUUGAAUGAAAAUUCCACAAGUAUGGUACCUAACUGCAGAUUGAAUAUGACCAGAAGAGGAUAUGUAGGUCCAGUUAAAUCUGAGGAGCGACCUGAGCUUUCAAUACAUCGUGCAGAUACCAUGGACAGCCAUGUUCCUUCUCUUUCAUCACAGUCACAAGCUUCUUUUACUGCAUCAGAAGAAUUGCAUGGGACAACAUCAGUGCAUCCUUUCUCUAGGAUUCAGUUUUUAAGUCAAUAUAUCAAUGCUUUAACAGAAUUAACUCAAGAAAAGCUUGAUGCCAGACUGAGUCUGGAAUCGUUUUCAUUGGAACUGGUGAUAUUAGCUAUUUGGAAAGUAAUUAUUCAGCUGUGCGACACAAUGAUGGCGUCAACAACUGAAGCAGACUUACUCAACCAGCAACAUCAUCAAAGGGAUGGCAUCUCUCAAAAUAUUUUAGAAGAAUUGGGUUUCACAAAUCCAGUACAAGUUUUCUCUUGGGCUGAGAACGGAUUUCUUAUUGCAUACGAUCGAGCAGAAAAGUUAUCUAAUAUUGUCCAACAUUCUGAUGGUGAAGCAGAGAUGCCAGAUGCAAUGGAAAUUAUAUUCCAGAUGGCUUUAACAGUUGGGAAAAAUGGAGCUGUGGAAGAGCUUAUGGGGCAAUUGAGUAAAGCAGCAGCAUCUUAUUCUAAAGCUAUUACUUAUCUGACAUUCGUCAUGGUUGAAGCCACACAGUUACCAUUGAACCCACCAUUCUCUCUGUCAUCUUCCGAUCGGCAACGUCUAUGCAGGUAUGUGUCAAAUUUGAGAACUCGCCUGAAUAAAUCUCAAAUGGCAGAUAGUGUUUCCAGGCCAAACCAUUAGAUCUUUGCAGCAAGUGAUAGGCGUGUCUGGGGAUUAUUUGGCUCCUUGUAAGUAGUAUUUACUAACAAAAUGAUAUCCGAAGUUGCUUUGGUUUGACAAAGCAUAUUCUGAUCUGACAUCCAAAUGGAGAAAACUCGCAUAGCAAUACUUGAAACUCUUUGAUUUUUGUUUCGGAAUUCAUAGUUGGGAUAUCAUUGUGUAUACUAUUAAUCCCAAGUCAUGGCUUCCAAAGGAAAACUGAAAUGUAUAUAUAUAUAUUUCUGUAAAUAAGCAACACUGGAAGAAUUAUUCGUCUGUUGGCUGGUGAUGUAAAUGAGGUGAUUUUUUAUA